AUGCUUCGUCGUGCUCUCCCGCGGCAAUCAUGCUUCACUAAACGCACGCUCGCUCUCUGCCAUCAAGCGCGUCAAGCCUCCAACGCCAGCUUCCAAGAUCCCUCAGCAACCAACACACUCGACCGCGCCAACAGCUCACACUAUACUGCUCCCCUUGCAAAGACUGUACGGAAUAUAAAGCUAUUCAGUUUAUCCUCCCUCACCCUCUCCACCCUCAUCUCACCCGUCUUUUUCGUUAUUGAGAGCGAUUUAGAUGUAUCUGUGCGUGCAGCGAUGGUAGGCGUUGCUAUCUUGACAUCAGGUGUGAGUACGGCUGUUGUUGCAUGGGUCUUGAAACCUUAUGUGGUUGCAGCGCGUGUUUUGGGAGAACGGGCUGGUUGGAGGGCGGGAACGCGUGUGCCUGAGGGCUUGGAAGAGGAAGCUUUGCCCAUGACGAUGGAUCAGCAAGAUGCCCUUGUAACGGGUGCAACGCCUCCCCCGGUGUCGUCUGCGUCAACGGCAACUUCAACGGGGAAGAGUGAAGAAAUGUUAUUGACGAUGGACGAGCAGGACAUCUUGACGACUUCCGGCAUCAGAGAGAAGAGCACGACGGCCCCUCAGCAGCAAGUGGAGAUGACUCGUUUGACGCUCCUUGGACAACGCACGACGAGUAUUGUGGAUGCAGGUAGCUUGAUUCGUGAUCGCAACGGUCGGAUGUUUGCCAAUCUCAAGACACAAGGAGGUCAAGACUGGUUCUAUGUGCAUGAAACCACGGGAUUCUGGCAGACCCUUGCCAAGAACAGUCGGUCGGUUGAUGAAGGACAAGUCUAG